AGACCAUAUACAACCAUUUCUAAAUUAUAUAUAUAUUUGCAGUUGCGAGGACCCGACUCGCACAAUAAUUAUUCGAACCUAAGCUCCCUAACCUGUAAAUGUAUUUAGUUUUAUUUGUGGUUACCAGCCCAAAUGCAGAGGAAUUCAGAUUACAGAAUUUAACCAGUCACUCUGCUGUAAAAGCAGACUUGAAUGAUAAAGCAAUCUUGCCUCAUUUGCAAGAGCUUUCGUGGAAAUGAAGAUCCAGUGAAUUGUCUCACUACUUCAGAAAUAAUUUAUUCAGAAUUACAACGGAUAUUUAUGAAAAGCAAAGGGAAGGAAGAUUGUAAUAAAUUGUUAAAACUGGUGGUUUGUUUUGUGACUGUUGUUAGCCCUGUUUCUGAGAAGAGCCUGUCUAUACAAAUUACGGACGACAAUGACCCCUUUAUGUUGUACACACUUGUCAUCAAUGAAGUUGAUUUCCAGUCGAUCAAGGAGCAACAGGGACUUCUUAUUGAAUAUGAUAAGUUUCCUCAACAGCUGAUAAAGUUACUCCACCUAUGUAACAGUGUUGGAGGCAACUACCAUAUUAUUAUUGAGGAGGCAACUGGAGACGCAUUUGGGUCUCGGCAAACUCUGAUGAAGAUCAUUGAAACAAACCAGUUCAAACAGUUAUGCCACCUGUCUCUUCUCUUCAGUAUAGGGAAUGAUGCUGAGAUUAAGAAGCACUUGGCUGUUCAAUUAAAGUCAGUGAAGGAUACACUGAGUCAUGCAGAGUCUAAAGUUUCUCAGGCAGAAACGCGAGCCGAGGAUCUUGCAAAGAAACUUGAGCUGAAAGAUCGGGAGCUAGAAGAACUAAAAGAUCGUUGGCAUGAUGAAACUAAAAAUAUUCACCAGCAAACAAGAGAAGAAAUAAACAGUGAACGGGAGAGGCUCUUAAAGGCACAGCAGGACCUAAGGAAGUCUUUUGAUGCUGAAAAGGUGCAGUUUCAGGAGAUGCUGGCAGAAAAUAAGCGAAGCUUUGAGUCUCUACUUGCCGGACUGCAGACUGAGAACAAAGCUUUGUUUGAACAGAGCUGUGAGUCAGAUUCAAAACUGCGCGAACAAGAUACCAAACUGGAUACUCUGUAUAAAGAAAAUGUUGCAUUGCAACGGGAGGCAACAAUGUUGCGUAAUCAGAGUGCAAAGUUGGAUACUAAUUACCAUGAGAAAGAGACAAGUUUAAACAACUUGAAAACAAGAUAUGCAGUGUUGGAGCAGGAACUCAAAGAUAAAGAUGUGCUUCUUAGACAACAGCGUGAGUUACUUCAAGUGGCUCAUGAGCAGAAGUCUUUUCUGGAAGAGAACCUGGCUGAAAAAGAUGCUGUUCUUGUGAGAAGGCAGACCUCUUUGCAGAAGCUUUCAGAAGAAUUUUUGAAAGGAAAUGAGAUAAUUAAAACACUCCAAAAGGAUACUGCCAUGUUGAAAUCAAAAAUCAGGCUUAGAACCAAAAUUAUAUUGGAGCAAGAAGGUGUGUUAUCUUCAAAAGAGAAAGAAAGAAUUGCUCUUCUUGCACUGGUAGAAGACCAACGAAGAAAGAUUGAACACUUGGAAUCUGUAGAGCAGCAACUGUCAGAGUCGCUCAAGGUUGAAACUGCUAAGGUUGCGGAGAAGGAAGCAAUUCUGAGCAAUAAUACAAAUUUAAUUAAUUGGCUGAAUAGGCGUGUCAGUGAGCUGCAAACUGCUUCUCAAGUGCAGUCAACUUCAAGGCUUCCUCCAAAAGGUGCUGGCAUGACAACUUCAACACCUCAUAUGGGUUUGACUUUGGGUUCGCAUAGGACAUUUGAGUUUAGACCAUUGAUGGAACCUGAAGUACCACGAUCUAGAACUCCUGGAAUAGCAAUAUGUCCCCAGACUGAGAAAACAGGAGCUCCUAGAAACUUUGCGGCAGCAGCUACCUUAUCUGAUCCUGGUGUCCUAAGUACAAGUGCACCUUGCCAAAAUCCUAGUGCAGAGAGCUUGCAGGCUGGAUCUUCUGAAGUGACACAAACAAGGAGUCAGCCAAGGACAAAGACUUUCAACCCUUCUUCCUAUUUCCCAAAAGGUUAUUCUAAGUUAGUUUCAUUGAGAUAAUAUUUUAUGUACAGUAGAUUUGUUAAAAUUAUUGUCAUGGGACCAAGACAUCUUGUUGAUUUGAUAUAUGUAAAUUCAAAUGUAUAACUUAAUGGAUAAUUUUUAUUACACAUUGUACAUAAUUCAGAAGUCAGUAUAGUGA